AUGUUUGACGGCACAAAAGGCUGUUCUUCCAUUAACUACGCGGACUCGCUCGUGACGGUCUGUAGUACCGACAGCUACCAAUCCAUCUGCUUAGAUGAUAACAACGGGAACGUCAAAUGCAACAUGACGCUUGGCAGCACAUUCUCCAUAGAUGGGGAUCUUCCUCAUUUCUUCUUAUCCUACGGUACCAUUGCAUGGAUCAGUAACGUCAUUGGGUGCUACAUCUGGUUCUGCGUUAUGUCCGGCAAUGCGCCCAUUAAUCCAACCCGAAAGAUCAAGCACAAAACGCUCGUCUGCUUGGGAGGCUUCGCAUACGCUAUAUACCUGGUGGCAGUUGCCGCCGUCAAAGUCCCUAAGAUGAAGGACCGAAACCUCAAGCUCAUUGCCAUCGGACACGUUGUUGCUACAGUCAUCAUCCAAGGGGCCAUUCUUUGUAUGAUGAAGAGCAAUGCUAUGGACGUUACAGAGAAGACGAAGAUCAAGAGCGAAGAUCAACCCAUCAAAGAGAAACCCGACACGACUGUACCGACCGACGCAAUGGACAGUGUUAACCCCCGUCCCUCGACAGAGUCCACGCGGUCGAGCACCUCAACGAGUACAGCGGUAUCAACGUCAGAAAAGCCCGGUUUCCUGAAAAGCUUUACCAGCAAGAUCCCAGGAGUACAGACUGCUGAAGAAGUUUCCGCAACUGAGACCACUGGUGCAGGAAUUCCGAAGAAAGAGGAGACAGUAGCAGAGGGACUUGCGAGUAUGUUGAUGGGCCUGGCAUUCUUGUCUCCCGGCCACUUGAUGAUGUUGUGGGGCACAAUACGCCUUGCGAAAUGCAUCUUUGUAGACCGAGAGAACCAUGACACGAGACAACAGCGCGAAACCAGAGACAGCCUCAUUCUUUUUGGUAUUGUCUACGGAUUGGUUCUCAUCAUCAACAUUGCCUGCAUCCUCAACUUAUUUUCUCAGGGUGCCGCGAAGUCUCAGGACGAAGAGAGCGUCAAUAACGAGGAAAGGGAGAAAAGGCGCGCCGCAGAAGCAAAGAAAGUGAGAGAAACAGCGUUGUUCGCUGUAGGAAUACUGGCUGGGCUUGUAACCGAUUGGUGUCGAUAUUUUGUGCUUGCUGCGGCGGCGAAGGAUACACACGGGCUUAUGCAUCUUGUGGAUGUUUCAAAUCUCAGCCUAGCGACUUUGAUUCUGUCGAAGUUGUUCGUACUGGCCUGUUAG